AUGAACGCCAUACAGCAGAAAUGCCGCCCGAAGCAUCAGGUCCUGGUGCUCAAGUGCUAUCCGCGCACGACCAAGGGAGCAGUCGACGUCAAGCCCAACAGCAGCGAGCUGAGCUAUCUGCUCUACUACGCGACCAGCCGCCGGUCCAAGAUCCAGAAGAUUGGCGCCUUCUUGGAGAAGAAGACGGCCAGCGAUGUCUGGCGAAUGCGCAUUGGUAACGUACAGGUGACGCUCGGCAUCCUCGCCGCCCUCGUCGAAAAGUCGCCCAAGGAUGCCGUCCUCAUCGCGCCCUGCAUCCUCAAGAUCCUCGAGCUCAUCCUCCGCUCCAACGACAUCACCAUGAUCGAGUCGUCGCUCCCGACCUGGGAGGCCUUCUGCGAGCAUCACGAUGCCUCCUCCCUCUUUGCCGACCAGGUGUACCUCAACCAGUACGUGUCCGUCGUCAGAUCCUACGCGCAGCUCGCGUCGACUCGAAACUCGCCGAACCGAGCCGCCUCGAGCCGGCCGGUCCAGAUGCGCUGGAGGAACGCCGGGCUGGGCGCCAUCAGGUGCAUUUCGACCUCGGACGCCCUGUCUUCGGUCAGCGGACGCCAGAUCGACGUCAUUGUGCCCAUGAUCUUGGAGAACCUGUGGGCAGACGACGAGUCACUGCUGGAUGUGCUGCUGGAGCGCGUCGAGGCCGAGGAAAAGGUGGACACGGAGAAGCUUCUGCGGCGAAGGACGAGCGUUGCGACGGUGCAGACGGGCGAGGGCAGCGGUGAUGCGAACCCGCUGGCCAUCUCGGGAACCGCUAUGGACGUAGACAAGAUGGCCGAGGAGGACACCGGCGUCCUGGCCUUGCAGUGCCUUAAGAGCAUCUUUGUCGUGCCGUCCCGCUCGCAGAUCCACUCGGCGACGGCAGCCCUGCUUAAGUUCAUCCUGGAGCGCGUCAAGCAGGGAGAAAAGGUCACGGCCGGCGACACCGCCGAGAACGGCAACGACCGGGGUUGGGCCAUCAGCAUCUUCAGCAUCGUUGCCCGCUGGGCCCCCGUGCAGGAUCGCUAUGUCAUCUUGGUCAUGGCACUUGACACUCUGACACAUACCCUCAUGACGGACGACACUCUGGACCAGCACAUAGCCCUGACCGCCAUGAUCGAGUCCCUGCUGAGGUCCGACGUCAACCUCAUUGGCCUCAGCGUCAUGGACGUCCUCUUGGGCCUCAUCAAGCAGAUCAGGAAGCUCUUUACCCUCGCAAACAUUGGGAGCCGAGCCGAGACGCCCAGCGACAAGGUGGCGUCGGACAGCGAGAUGGAGCAGAACUUGCACCAGCCGCAGCGCAAGGAGCUCCUGGCACGGCUCGAGCGGUGCAUCGGCGACCUCGCCAGCCACAUCUACUACGCCGACCAGGUCUCGGACAUGAUCGCCGCCAUUGUCGGCCGGCUCAAGCCCAGCCGGUCGUCGAGCGCCCCGUCCACGCCGCAGGGCGAGAAGACGGAGGGCACCGAGCAGAGCAACCCCUCGCCUCCCUCGGCCACGACCACGGCUGAUCUCGCCGAGGGCCAGGCCAACAGCCUGGUCGACGUCUACUUUUCCUACACGCUGGGCCGCAUAUCGGCGCUCCGCAUUGUCAACAUCAUCCUCCACGUCGCCAAUCCCAAGGCCAAGGUCAAGAGCAACGCCGACCUGGGCCGGAACCGAGUGCCGACGCAGGUCUGGGAAGGCACCCAUUGGCUUCUGCGCGAUCCCUCAGGCCAGGUGCGGAGGGCCUACAUCGACGCCCUACUCACGUGGCUGGACCUGGAGACGACCCCCAUGGAUCUGGUGGCCAGGGACGAGGCGCUGGAGCCGCACAAGUCGACUGCGGCCGGCAUCCUCGCCGCCGCCAAGAAUGCCAAUGCUCGCGACCUGCCCAAUGGCCGCCGCGUCGUUUCCAGCGCCUCGAACAAGGACCGCCAGCCGAGGACUCGGCGCUCGCAGUUCCUGCCGCAGCUUCACCUGGCCAUCUACGACAACGCGCUGCACUUUGUCGAGUUCGAGAACGACCUCGCCGCGCUGCACACGCUGCUGGCCAGGCUCGUGUCCCGGCUCGGUGUCAACGCCGUUCGCUACGGCGUGCCCAUGAUCUAUCGCCUCCAGGAGGAAAUCUUGGCUCUAGACCAGCCCAUCCACAAGGUGCGGAUCGCGGCCCUGUGCCACGGCUACUUCUGGGCUCUGACCGACAGGUUCGAGUUUGAGGGCUCUGCAGUGGGCAGGGCGAUUGGAAACGAGAUUGCCCGGCGAAAGAGCAAAGGCUUCUGGGUGCCGGGCAUACAGGUCCCGGCGCUGCCCCUCGACAAGAUCGGGCCGCUAGGCCAAGCGUCUCCGCCGCCCUCGUGGGACCUCAGCGCUCUCGAGACGGAGGAGCUGUUGCCGUUCGACGACCGGGUCGCUCUGAUCCAGUGCAUUGCCGUGGGCUACGAGGAGAGCACCUCGUUCCCGCCAAACAGCCCGUCUGCCUCGCCGGGCCGGACGCUCUCCGGCCCCAUCCUCAACACCCCCAUGAGCCCCGGGUCCUCUUCCGCGGCGGUGGCCCCAGACAGGGUGUUGGAGCUUCCGGACGCCUACCGCGAGGAGAUGUUGACCGAGUGGUCCAGAGAGCAGGUGGCCGCCGCCCUGGCUGCCGAGGGCAAGACCGAGUCUCUCAACGGCUCACGAACGGGCACCGUGGCUACCGGCCUCAGGAAUCUGACCAUCGCCACCGGCACCGGCAGCGGCCUUGGCGGCAUCAACGGCAACAAUGGCUACCUGCCGUACUCGCCCUACGGCAGCCAGCAUAACCUGCGGCCGCGCUCGUCUCAGACGCACAUGAUGGACCAGAAUCAGCUCCUCGGAGCCCUUGGACCUUCGCCUAGGUUCCGGCAGGGCAGCAUCCGAAGCGGCAUCUCGCAGACGAUAUCGUCGUCGAGUAAGGCCGGCGUUGCUUCCGUGGAGCAGCUCAAGCGUGUGCUCUCCGGUAACGUGUCCCCCAACGCCUUUGGCUCCGAAGACGACAGCGCCGAGAGCAUGGUGAGUUACGAGGAAGACCCCUCGGAAAAGAGCUUCAGCCCGACCGGUACAGAUUCAGACCGGCCCACCACUUCGGCCGACGGCUUCAGCAGGAGGUCGAGAUCCGGCAGCUCUGGCGCCCCGCUUAGCUCGGGCUCGAACCGCGACAGCUUGCCGAGGCUCCAUCUGGAUGGUGAUCGGGAAGAAGGAGGCGGGCUGGGUAUGAGCAUCCCUCCCGUGCCCCCUCUCCCCAGCCUCAGCGUCCUUUCGGAAAAGGGAGGACCACUGAAUGGAGGAGGCAUCGCCGUUCAGGAUUAUGGGGCAAAGGCUUCGUCCAAGCGUACCAACAGCCGAGGAGGCGACAGCAUUGCAGCUCGGUCACUCUUUGGUAACCACGACGAUGGCGGUAGGACGAUGGACCUGCAAGAGCUCCUCAGAGGCAUUGAUAGUCAUCCCAACGAGGGUAGCUUGGGCAACUUGACCAGGCCUCCCUACUGA